CAUCAUGGCGGCGCCCAGCAGCAACUUCAUCCGCCUGCGUCUCUACUUUGACUACCCUCCGCCUGCUGUGGUCUCGUGUCGCAUGUGCUGGCUGCUCGUGGACCUGAACACGUGUCGCGUGGUGGCGGACCUGGAGAGCGUCAUCCGGGAGAAGUUCGAGUUCAGCCGCCGGAGCAUCCUGAGUCUGUUCAUAGAGGACUGCUACCUGCCGCACACCGAGAGCAUCUACGUGGUGAGAGACAACGACAGCGUCAGGGUGAAGGUGGACUGUCUGGCUCAGGUGAACGGACACGACGUCCAUCCAGACGCAGCAAGCGAAAACGGCAGAAAGCGACGGAGAGCCACAGGAGAGGACGGGCCUGCCGAAAACGGAGCGAGCGUCGAGUGGAAGAAGAAAAAGAGGAAAAAAAGGAGUGAGGAGGAAGCGGAGGAGGGUACCAAGCUGGUUUCAGGUGACAACAGGGACAAGAAAUCACAAGCAAAGCCAACAGAGAAGAAGAAAAAGAAGAAGGCAGAGGGAAGCCCUCCUGUCGUCGCCAAACCAGCUGCUUCUCCCAAAAACAUCCCGGCUAGUGUUGAUAAACCAAGAACCAAGAAGCCCCCAGUAGCACAAACAAAAACACAGAAAGCCUCCUCGUCAGAUCCCAGCAGUAGCAGCGGUGAGGAAGAUGAAGCGCCCAAAAAAGCUGCGACUAAACCACCCACCUCCACCCCUGCUGCUUCUGCUGCUGCUAAGGCACCUCCUCCGAUCUCCAAACCGGCCCAGAAGAAAUCACAGCCUCCCUCAUCGUCGUCGUCCUCUUCUGAAACAGACUCGUCCUCUGAUGAAGAAACUAGUGUGAAAAUUCCUGCAAAAAACAAACCUUUAACCCCCACGACAUCUCAACGAGCUCCUUCGGUCUCGGAGUCCACAAACUGUGCACAGAAGCAGGCCGACGGCACCGCUGGGCCUCCUCAGGACUCAGACAGUGAAGAGGAGAUCCAGCUGGUUAUCCGACGGCCGCUGCUGCAGCCCGGCCGUGGUGGUUUGGGCAGUCAGUCCCCUUGGCGAGGCCGCGGCCGGGGACAAGGCAGGCGUGGUGGUGGUGGUCCUGGACAGAGGGGCAGGGGUGAUGGCUUCAGAGGGCCCAGUGACACCUUUGAGUCCAGCUACAAUGGAGCCAAGGAGACGUCCUACGGGGCUGAUGUACUAACCAACGUGUCAGUGGUCCUCCAGAACAGAGUAGAAGAUGCCCCCAAACGGGACUACAGCUCCAUGCCUCUGUUAGCUGCUCCUCCACAGGUUGGACAGAAGAUUGCCUUCAAGCUGCUGGAGCUGACUGAGAACUACACGCCAGAGGUGUCCGAAUAUAAGGAGGGAAAGAUUGUGAGCUUUGACCCGACCACCAAACAGAUUGAGCUUGAGCUGCUUCAUUCCUCUGAAGUUCCUGUAGAACCUGGCAAGUUUGACCUCGUCUAUCAGAACCCAGAUGGCUCAGAGAGAGUCGAGUACGCCGUGUCCAGAGGAUCUUCGGUGACAGAACGGUGGGAGUCUCUGCUGGAACCAAGACUGAUCAUUUAAAUCCCACCAACAGUGUGAAUGUAUUCGUCCGCCUUGUUGGGACAGGUGGAUUAGUUUUAGGAUCCUUCAGCAAAGUUCAAUUGAGAGUUACUUUUGCAUAUAGUGGUUAUGAUAAUACUUGACCAGGUGAAGAGAAUCAGUCGUCACGCUGCUCAUAAGAGCUCCUGCAUUGUAUUGAAAAAUGUUAACGUUACGUUUAAACUGGGUUUAAAUAUGAAAUGCUGUUUUUAUGAUGUUGCAGGAAUGAGCGAUUGUUUCCUGAGACAAAAGGAUUUUAUGUUUUGUACAGUAAUGUGACUGGGAUCAAUCUUAAAUAAAUGUUUUUUUUUUCUAAUAAAA